UACUACGAUGGAGAAGUCAGGAAUAUUUAGGUGACGAUUUAUUAAUUCGAGUUAUACAAGAAUUUCCAUUUAUUUAUGACAAAAGUCAUACAGACUUUAAAGACAUUAAAAAAAAAAGUAAUUCAUGGAAGACCGUGGCAGAGACUGUCCAAUUGACAGUGUCUGAAGCCCAGGCGAGAUGGAAACUGUUACAAGAACACUUCAGGAAAGAAGAUCGCCGAUAUACCCCAUCUGGGAGCGGAAAAGCCUCGCAGCCUGUAUGGCCAUUAUAUCAGUCAAUGAUGUUUUUAAAGAAUAUUGUAAAACAUCGCAAGACUCGAAGUAAUUAUGCACCAUCGACCGAUGUUGAAGCACUCCAUGAGAGUACAAGUGUACUCCAUGGAGAUGCAGACACAUCCCCAUGGAAUACACUUGAUACAUUAACGAGAGAUGUAUCAGUGUGUGAACAGGAUGACAUUUGUGAUGGUGUUGCGACCUAUUGUGAUGGUCCAUCAACUUCUGUAGGUGACAUAUCAACUCACCUGACAAAUAUGAAAAGAAAAAAAAGAAGAACAGAAACUGAUAAUGUUGAACUAGAGACAAGCAUACUAAAUACUUUGUCAGCUGUUCAACCCUAUCUAAUGAACAUUCAGAAUCGCAAUAGUGAUGACAUUUUUGUAGAAUCAGUUUCUACAAAUAUGUCAGAAUUAAUGAGAAAAAUGAAUCCUAAAGAAAAAAAGGAGUUUAAAAUAUCUAUUUUGGAAUUUUUAGCCAAAUAUGAAUAAAUUUGAACACUCCAAGAACUGUUGUUUUGUUUGAUUUGGUAAACCACAUUUGUGAAUAUACAGACAGUAUUAGAAUAUAAGUAUAUACAUCAUUAGUACCUAUAUAUAUAUAUAUUUUUAUAGAUUCCUCUAUGUAUAAUAAAACUAUUUUUAUUAUACAUACAGGAAAAGAAACAAAACAGUAAAUUUCU